AUGCCCGCAAAUUUAGGUCAUCGUACAAGUCUUAUAAAUGAGGAAGAACAAGCUGAUUCUAGUACUUCUAUUCAAACAUCGACUAUCGAAGAAAGUGAUCAUCACAUUCUUGAUUUAUUGUUAAGCGAAAGCUUCAACGAGGCUGAAUUGGGCUUAGAUCAACCUUUGACACCAACUACAUAUAUCCCCGAAGGGAAAAAUUUAAGUAGUAAUUAUGAUAUCGAAACUAAUAAUCAAUCAAGAGAGGUAAUCAAUGAUUUACAAGAUCUAGAGAAAUCGUUAAUGUCAAGUCCUGAAAAAGAGGAAAUAAACAAUGUAUUGAUAUCACAGUUAUCUUUAUUUAAAACUAAUCUACAGGAUGUUAUUGAAUCUCUAACUAGUGUGAAGCACGUUGCACUCAUAGCACUUGACAGUCUUCUACGUCAAAUUGUUGCGGAUCACAAUUCGAAUAUUAUGGCUUCAGAAAUAAGGUCAUCUAGAAAGCGUUCUUCCUCUUUUAGUCAUUCACCAUCACAAAAUGCCAAUCUCGAAUUAGAAAAUAUACCCAAAGAGGAGAGAAAUUCCUGGGUAAGAUCUCAACUAUUGGCUGAUAUCGCACAUAAUGCAACAAAGCUGAGCACUAGCAAUGAAAUGCUGCAAACAGAUUCAAGACUGCAGUAUUCUCCUGAUAUUGCUACACUUGACAUAAUUCGCCAUCAGUUGGAUUCUAGUAAUUCUGUUAUUCUAAGUGAUGAUUACAGCCUAGCAUGUACUUUGGCCGCCUUACUUGGAUGCUUGUAUAGAAUUUUAGAAUUAUGUGAUUCUAAAAAAAAUCCUGAUCUAAAUUUGCCAUCAAAAUCUAGUGAAUUACCAAAUACUACUGUCCAAACUUCAGAAGAAAUUUUACAACCUGUUUCAAAUGAAGAUAUUUACAAUACAUUACAUAAAGAAGUUACAACAUUACAAUGUCGACGUGCAAGUUUAAAUUUAUAUAACAAUGUUACUGAUGAACGUCUUGCAACUUGGAAUGAAAUUGAUAGACUAAUGGAAAUUGUCGCAGGUUUAUGUCGUGAACGAUCACAUAGCGAUCCACCUCCUAAAUAUUCUUAUAAUAUUACUGGAGGAGUUGAUGAAGCUGUCAUCGAUCCGCCCAAAUAUCCAUUGAUUAGUGAAAAAAACUUAAGUAUAAAAAUAGACAAUGAAAAAACAAAAUUGGAUUUGGAUAAUGUUAUCGCUGCAAUAGAUCGUGUUUAUUCUGUGGCUCCCCAACUUAAUAAUCAACGUGUAGAGCUUAGCACACGUCAAAAGAAACGAUUAACAGCUGUAACUUUAUCAGGUGUCAUUCGAAGAUUAUCUCGUGGACGUUUUGAUGGACAGCAAACCGAUUCGUCAUCAGUUGUAAAAUACCAAACCUUAAAUCGGCUUAUUGACCAAAUAAAUAAAGCAGCAGAAAGAAGUUUUGUAGAUCAACGUGUCGAACUUAGUCCUCGUCAAAUGCGGCAACAUGAAGUUGCAAAAUUGAACGGUAUUCUUGAACGCCUUGAAAAAAAUAGAAUGACCAAUCAGGAUUGGCAUUCACCAGAACAGCUUCUUAUCCAGGAUUUAACAAGACUUACAAAUGAAUUAACAGAAACAAACACUAUUUAUGCCUCUCAAAGAUAUAACCUUUCACCUUCUCAAGAAAGAGAGAUGUUCAUGAAUAGUAUAUUCAAAAAAGUUGAAAAAAUGCAAUCAUAUCGUAUGGAAGAUCAGGAUGCAGAAUCACCUACAGAGCGUAAAGAACGUGCAUGGAAGGAAAUCGAAAACUUGAUUGUUACUAAACAACAAUAUAGUCCCUCUAUGAACUAUCAGCGUGCUACAUUGAGCCCUAAGAAAACAAAUUUACUUAGGCAAAAUUCAUAG